AUGGAGGUUGUUGGAUUUUCGGCUGAAAACGGCUUCGCCUGUGAACAACUAAGAACAGGUGUCGGGCGAACACCCGUUCAAGGACAAGUGCGUGCUGUACCAGUUCUGGCAGGACAUGGAGGGCGCGACAGCGCUGCCCACGGACGACGACGUGGCGGAGGCCGAGGACCAGCUCAACGCCGCACGGCGGAGGAGCUGGAGACCAUCUACGAGGAGCUGGUGCACAUCAAGGCCCUGGCGCACCUCAGCAACUCCGUCAAGCGCGAGCUGGCGGCCGCCGUCGUCUUCGAGGCGCACGCCCGCGCCGGCACCGUCCUGUUCAACCAAGGGGAUGAAGGUCGCUCCUGGUACAUCAUCCUUCAUGGAUCUGUAGAUGUUGUAAUUCACGGAAAGGGAGUUGUCACAACUUUACAAGAAGGAGAUGAUUUUGGAAAAUUAGCACUUAUUAAUGAUGCUCCAAGAGCAGCUACAAUUGUUCUUCGAGAAGAUAACUGUCAUUUUCUGCGAGUGGAUAAAGAUGCAUUCAAUCGCAUUCUUCGAGAUGUGGAGGCAAACACUGUUCGCUUGAAAGAGCAUGGAAAAGAUGUUCUGGUGCUUGAGAAGAUUUCUCCUUCUCACACACAUGCAUAUUCUCAUUUCAAAUACACUGUAAUGGCUGGUACACCCCAAAAAAUGCUUGAGCAUCUUCUUGAGACACGACUUGAUAGUCGUGGUGCAGGUGGUUCAGUGGGAGGAAGAGAUGUUACAAUGUCUGCCUGUGACCACUUCCUUGAAGAUUUCUUGUUAACACACAUUGUGUUCAUGCCAGCAAAGCAUUGCACUUAUCGUAUAGAUUCACCAGCACAAGAUCGGGACUUCAUCUUAGCUUGCAAGAGGCGAGUGGUUCAAUUUGUUCACAGAUGGGCAGUAGCAAUACGACAUCCAGUAUUCGAUGAUCGAACUUGCAGGGAGUUUAUUGAGGAAUUGGCUACAGAAGUGGAAGCAGAUUGUAUGCAGUGGAGUUCUCUGCAAGAAGAAGCAAGUCUAAUUCAUCAUGUUAUGUCCCAAUUGAGGCGAUACCAGGAUGAGAGGACCCAGCAUGCAGGUCAGAUGUGGAAAUUACCUCCGUGUGGACAACCUGUCAGCCUCUUCAGUGGUUCAACUGAGGGUCGUACAAUGAUACGCCCUACAGAUGACAUUAUAUUUCGAGUAUACUGUGCUGACCACACAUACUGUACUCUUCGAUUUCCAAUGAAUACAACAGCAGAUGUAAUAAAAGUAACUGCAGCAGACAAACUCAAAAUACGCCAUGAUGAUUUGGCUUUGGCAGAAGUUAAAUCUACUGGAGAACGAAUUGUAUUUCGCGAUUCUGAUCUUGGUCUUCCAACCAGUUUGUCCUUAAAUGGACGAAUUUUUGUGUCUCCAAGAGAUCACAUGGAUGCACUUACUUGCCUUCCUGAACAAGAAACAGCCACCGAAGGUUUGGAAUGUGACUUAGAACUAGUUAGUACCAGAGAACUGGCAUAUCAUAUGACUUUAUUUGACUGGGACCUCUUUUGGUGUGUACAUGAGUAUGAAUUGAUAUACCACACUUUUGGUCGUCACAAUUUUGGACAAAUCACAUCUAAUUUGGAUGUAUUUUUACGCCGAUUCAAUGAAAUACAAUAUUGGGUGGUAACCGAAUUGUGCAUGACCCAAAGUCUCAGCAAACGUGUACAAAUUCUUCGGAAAUUCAUAAAAUUAGCAGCCUAUUGCAAGGAAUAUCAAAAUUUAAAUGCAUUUUUCGCUAUUGUAAUGGGUUUGAGCAAUGUUGCUGUAAGUCGACUAUCAAUGACAUGGGAAAAAUUGCCAUCUAAGUUUCGCAAGUUAUUCACAGAAUUUGAGAGUCUGAUUGAUCCUAGUCGCAAUCAUCGAGCAUAUCGUAUCAGUGUGGGCAAACUUCAACCACCCAUGGUGCCAUUCAUGCCUCUUCUAAUUAAAGAUAUGACCUUUGUGCAUGAAGGAAAUAAAACAUGCGUUGAUGGUCUUGUAAAUUUUGAAAAAAUGCAUAUGCUAGCCCAAACUAUGCGUACAAUACGAUAUUGCCGAAGUAGGCAUCUAGUUUUGGAACCCCCAUCACCGAAGACUGAGAUGGAAUUACGCUCAUAUAUUAGCUGUUUGAGAACAAUAGACAAUCAACGAGUUCUCACAAGCUUAUCACAAAAACUUGAGCCUCGUCGAUCUUAGUCUUGUUUUGUGCAUUGUCCAAUAUCUGACCACUGUCAUAUAAAUGAAUAUUUUCAUAACAACUUUAUAUCAGCUGUAAUUUGUGCCUCAUGAGGAAACCCAAAUUAUGUACAGAAUUUUAAUUGAAUAACAUGAAUUCUCACAAAUGAAAAAGUUGCACCUGCAAUGAAUAGAAAAACAAUUUCAAAGAAGCUCUGAAGGUGCACUACAAGAAAUCUGACACUACACGCUCAUGAGAAAAAGAAACAUUUAUAUUUAUUAGAUCGUGUACUGCAUAGAAGAAACUGCAAAAUUUGUAACCAUGUCUCCACUAUUCAUUGCUUUUCAUCAAUUCAAUCUCUUGUAAGCAAUGAGAGUUUCUAACAGAAAUAAGCUUUCUGUGGGCUUAAUAUGUUAAAAGCAUAUAACUCCAUGGGGCACCUCUUUAAUAUUUUAUUUCAAAAUAUGAUAAUGGUCAGAGAUCUGAAUGAGCAAAUCAAUUUUAAAUUCUAGUCACUGACUCUCUGCUAUUUUUAGUGAAAUGUUUAAAUGAUGUACCACUGUCUAUGAUACACAUGCACUGACAUAUCUUUAAUUAAUGACAUUCACAGACAGAGAGGAUGUUUCUUCUGAAUAUCCACUACAAAUUUCCUGUCUUUUUAUUUAUUGUGUUGCCUCUCAUAGGAAAUAAUUCCAAACUGAAGGGCAGUAAUUUCACAUCAAAAAAUAUUUUAUCUUCCUCAUUAGUCUUCCAUUCACUUGCUUUCAGAAAUUUAAUAAUAAGCUACAAUAAAAGGUUUUUCACUUUUCUAUUGAAUAAUAUUCACAUGAAUGUCUUAAAUUAAAGGUCUGAGAAUCAGUAUUCAAGUCAAUAACGCACAUUACAUUCUCUCCAAUUGAUUCAUAAGCAGUGGGUCAUCAUAAAUAAUUUUAUAUUAGUUUAAUAAGACUAUAGAAUUUUAAAUAUUUAUUUAUAUAUAUGAUCUGAAGUUGUUAUAGAACUUCUUGUAAAGAAAAUGUAUUCCCAACACACGUUUCGUUAUUAUUAAGUAAAUAAUGUUUUGAAAAUGCAUUGGGGAUCUGUGCAAUAACAAAAAACAGAAACCCAAACUUUCAAAGAACUGUAUAUAUUCAUACUAAAUAAAGUAUAGUCUAUUGCCAUAAAUUUAAUUUAUACUGUUAUUUUACAAAAGAGCCUGAUAUUUGUAGAAUAUUCUUUGUUGUUGUUUUAAUCUCAAGAAUACUAAUGUGUCAGCACUAACCAAAGACACCAACUCCAAUAAAAAUAAGUGUGCAAGCCAAUAACUAAUUCUUGCUAAUGUAUUUUGUGUGAAUGCAUAAAUGUAUAGAUUGGUUUAUUUUUUUAUUAUCAAAAUGUGUGAAUGAAGUUGUAAUGGAAAUGAGAUUUUGUACAUCAUUUUAUUUAUUUCUAAUUGUUGUUUGUGUUGCACUGCAUUGUAUAAAUGACCUCUACAUUAAAAUACACUUGAAUACUUCUUAAAAUAUAAAUGUUUGCAUUUCAAAAGUUAGAAGUUGACAUGAAUUUUAGCAUCAAAGUUUUCAUUCAUUAUUACUGGCAAUUUCAUAAUCUGGGGAAAAAAUUAUGAAGAAAGAUAGUGUGUAUGUAAUGAGGACAGAAGAGGUCUGAUAAGAAGGGACCAGUUUCUAUUACAGAUUUCUUCAAAAUUUAUAACUUCAUAGAUUGUUGAAAUGCAUGGUAAGUGUAAUUCUAUUUUAUUAACAAAUAUAUAUACAUUAUUGCUGUGAAUAGUACUUCAAAAUAUAAUCACUACCUCUAUGCCUUUGUACUUUAAUUUUGUGUUGGAUGACCAUCAUGAGUGAUGUGAUAAUAAAAAAGGAAUGAGAAAGUCAUGGCCUUUCAAAUAAUACAUAUAAAUUAACUUUAUUACACUCUCAUAUAAUCAUGACCUUUCCAAUUUCAUGAAUGUAAAUUAACUUUUCUAAAUACACUUUGCUGUGACUGUUUGUUCAUAUUAUUUAUCAGUAGAAAAAUAUAUCAUCUACUAUAGGAUAUAUAAAUAUAAAUAUAUAUAUACAAAUCAAAGGGGAGUGCAGAAACUCUUAAGAUUUUCAUACAUGGAAUUUUUACAUGAUGUCAAUCUUUCCAUGUAAAUUUUAUACCCACUUUUACAGUAAACUAUUUAAAAAGAGUAUUACUUAUUGUUUUUAAGUAUCAUAUUACAAAGUAAAAUGAUGUUAUAUUCUAAAAGCACCAUUUAUGAUGAUAUAAUCGAAAAUUUCAAUAUCUAUAAAUAGGUUCAAUGAACGCUCGUUUUUAAAAACAUGUAAAAUACAAUUUAGCAUUUGUAGAUUUUCUGUGUUUAAUUGCUAAUACAUCUUUCAAAAUCAUAAAUGUAACAGCAAUGAUUUCAGUCCAAUAAUGUACUGACAUAAAUUAUUGAAUUAUUGUAUUAAAAUAUAAAUCUGCAUACCUUAAUUCACAUGCAGCAUGAAGACAAUCAUUAAAUUGACUAUGUUAACUGUAAUGUUUGAAAAAUAAAUUGGCACUUUUACAUUAAUGAGCUACUAUCAAACUUUGAAUGUUAUUUUACAUUCAUAUUAAUCCACCUAAAAAGAAUAUUUGUUUAUGCCAUCAAAACAUAACUGAACCAUAAAUAUUAAUUGAGUAAUGAAUUUGAAGUAUUAAGAUGGCCAACUGUAAAUAAAUAUAAAGUAUUGUUUUCUACAUUUGUUUAGAAUCACUGCUUUCAUUUUUCUUCAAUAUUUUUCAUAAACAUAGCUGUAAGAUAACAGUAACAAUCAUGAGGCAAUUUUACUAAAAUAACAUUAUCUUAAUAAAAUACAUUUCAAUUUAAUUGUAUUAAAGUUUGUUGUUUAAAUGCCAUUUUUGAGCAUCAUAAACAAUGUUGAGAUUAUUAUAAAGAAUUGUUAAUGUGUCAAUACAGGAUGACUGAUAUCAACAUAAGUUUUUCACUCUAUUCAUGGUUUUGCAAUAGUGUUUGAAAACAUUGCAAACAUAUCUAGAUGUGUGUUGUCAUUCAUAUUAUAUCAUAAAUGUUGUAAUAAUAUGGAAUUAGAGAUCAAAUUUAUAAAGGUUCAAUAGCAAUAAUGUGGAUUUUAUAUUAAUUUCUUGAAUAUUUAAAAAUAUGAACAGGAAUCCAAUGUUCUUUAUACAACUUCAUUCUCUUCCUCAGAAGACGUAAGUUACCCAAAGUAAUGUAUACCUAACUUUUUAUACCUUUGUAACAUUUAACCAACAUCCACAAUAAUGUUAACACAACCAUCUUGAUAUUAUAUGUACAGUAGCAAUGAAUAUACUUAUUCUGGUAACAUCUUUCUUUUCUUGUUGAAAACAAUUUUCUCCAUCAUUAAAACCAUAGUAUCAGUAUUCAUAAAAAAAGGUACUGUUUUGAAAUAUAUGGUCUUCAUUUCAAGCACCUUUCCUGUUCUCGAAUGCCUUCCAUUUACAUAAAAUUAUUUAUUGAAGUUUUGGAAUACCAAGAUAAUAUAAUUCUUGUAAUAUAUAAUAUUAUGUCAAACUUCAAAUGGUUCACAAGAAAAUUUGGAAAUGACAAAAACGAUUCCCUAGUCCACAUUAAGAGAUAUAAGCAGAAGUUACAGAGCAAUCCACAAUAAUUAGAAUGUACUUUCAGUUUGAGAUAGCCCCCCCUUUCACUCCCUUCCCUAGUCAUAAAGUUUCAGUUUUCUUCUUUUCUAACUUUUUUUUGUCCCAUUAAACUGCUUUAAAAAACACAAUUUCAGGGACCUUGUGUGAAUAUUUAGAACUACAGAUAUCCAUGUUCCAUGACAAAUGCACAAUUUUUAAUACCACUUCUAAGUACUUUUAAAUGUACAUAUUACCAUAGUUAACCAAAUAUAAUACGACUCUUUCUUUUAUAACUUGAACUUAUGUGUCUCCCAAAAGAAAUGAAGGAAAAUCACAACUAUAUUGUUUACAUACUAUGUAACAUGUCAAUUAUGGAGAAAUGUACUAUAUAUGAAUUAAAUUUUCAGUC